UGAUGCCGGUCUCCAUCCAGAGUAACGGCAGCCUCCGUCAGUCAAUUGUCUGUUUGUUGACGUUUUCUGGAGUACAGCAGCAGCUAGUAACGGGGUCCGUUGUUUCAGUCAAUGGAGCUAACAAGCUAGCUAACGUAAAUGGGUUUCCGAGUGGAAAGAUGAUCGCUUCACUUUCUAGAGGAAGUUUGCUGGAUGAGGUUCUUCAUGGGGGCUUUAAUGAGCAGCAGCUGACAGCCUAUGUUUCCUGGGUGAACUGUCAGCUGAAGAGGAAACCCGGCCUGAAGCCCAUCACAAACCUCAGACAUGAUCUGCAGGAUGGGGUGGUGCUCACUCAACUCAUUGAGAUAGUUGCUGGGGAAGUGCUGGAAGAAGUGUAUGUUGCUCCACAAAACAAAGAAGAGAGCAGGAAGAAUGUGGAGCAAGUGUUGCAGUUCAUUUCCUCCAGACACAUACGCAUGCCACACAUAUCCGCAAGAGACAUUGUCGAUGGUAAUCUCAAAUCAGUAAUGAGGAUAAUUCUGGCGCUGGCGGCCCACUUCAAACCCUCAGCCAAUCACAGAGCUGCUUCUGGAGACGGGAGGAGUUUGACUCGAAGCUCCAGCAGCCACAACCCUCUCUCCCCCGUAGCGCUGGCUCAAGGGGCCGCUGCGGCUCUGGCAUCAGCUCGACAUGACGCCUCGCAGCCCGCACGCACCAUACGUCUUCACAGUAGCUGGGGGUCGGAUGCGGAUAAGAGUAUUUGUGUUCGUGCGCUGGUUAAGCAGUAUGAAAGAGCAGCUCCGGAUGAUUCUGACAAUCCUCAGUCUAGCAGCCUCAGUCCUCUGUCCUCUCCCAGAGCUCCGGCCAGCAGCCUCUCAGACAGUCAGCAGGACGACGGCCCGCAGCAGGAGAGCAGCGAUGAUUCCUCUCAUGUUGUAACGGAGACGGCGUUGGAGGAUUCCCUCAGUGAAACUCUGGAGAAGGAGGUGCAGGAGACACGGAAAAUGGUCUCUGCUCUACAGGCCCUGCUGCUGCAUGGCUCGCUUCCUGAGGACGAGCAGGAUGUGUCCUUCUGUUUGGACCAAGGCAAUGCUGAGCAGCAACUGGUAGUCAUUCGCAGCCGUUUGGAUCAGAGCAUGGACGAGGCUCAGCAGCUGAAAAGGGAACUGUUGCGCUGUAAGCAGGAAAUGAGAAACAUGCAGGCAGUCAAGGAUGCCCAGCAGCAGAGAAUCUGCACUCAGGAGGCAUCGAUCCUGCAGAUGAAGCAAGAACUUCUCAGAGCCAGCAUGACCAAGGAUGAACUCAACAACCAGAAUGCUGAGCUACAGUGGAAGAUGGAGGAAUGCAACAGGAUGUGGGGUGAAUGCAAGAAGGAGGUAGGACAGAAGGACAGACUACUGCAGCAACUCAAACACAAGCUUGAAGAAAGUAAAAAAAAGCAGACAGAAAACAACGGAUAUUCUUACUCUGGAAAUCCUGCUCCCUCCGUGUCAGAUCAGGCAGAGGAGGUUCAGCUGCUCAGAGAUUCACUUCGGAGUUUGAGGAACAACUUCCGAGAUCACGACCCGCAGCACCACACUCUGGACACCCUGGAGCAGGGCAUCGUGUCACUCAUUGACAGACUGCAUGUUGUGCACACACACAGGGGAAGGGGGAAGUCUCCAAGACGCAAAGGCCAACUCACUGACUCUGAAACCUGGUCUUCCACAACUGUAUGUCACACCAAUAGUGGGUCUUCUGCCUCCACUAAAAUUCUUUAUUUUACUGGAAAAUCCCCAACACCUUCCAUGAUCAAUAUACCGAAAAGGCUGGGUGAGGUGACUUUAAAGGACGUAAAGGCAGCUGUGGAUCGAGAGGGAAACUACAGGUAUCACUUCAAGGCCCUGGACCCUGAGUUUGGCACUGUGAAAGAAGAGGUAUUUUUGGAUGGAGCAAUCAUUCCAGGCUGGGAAGGAAAAAUAGUGGCUUGGGUAGAAGAGGACCAUGAGGAAGAAAGUCAGGAUGAUCCAAGAGGCCCAUCCAGACAACUGUUCACCGGAGGCACCAGUGGACACUUCUAAGAGCCAACCAGCCAGGUUUGGGAUAUUAGCUGGUACUAAAUCACACUGAUAGCCUUAAACACUCUGUAACUAGAAUAUCAUCAAACUCAGUGCCUUAGAAAAGCUGUUUCCAUCAUUUGCUUAUUGCCAUGCUGUACUGUAGUAUCAAAACUGGAAAGUAGAUGGACAAUUUAUUUAAAUUGCCUUUUUCUAAACACACAGUUGUGUUGUUUCUUCUCUAGUUAAGAGGUUGUUACUGUUAAGAGGAAAAAACAUGUUUAUUCUCAUGUUGAAGAGUUCAGUAUCACUUUUUAUUCUUGUGUAUUACUAAGGUCUUUGGAACAAGCCGGACUACAUAUUAGAAAUAUGUAUGACUACAUUUCAAUCUUACUUGUGAAUGUAAAGUGAAAUUACAGUAUUAUCUACCAUAGCAUAAAAAUUGAGAAAAUGUAUUUUGGGUGAGGAAAAAAUACCACUUUUAUAAUAGAAAGGUUACAAGCACCGAAAAAGUAAUGCAAACUUUGUACAAUUUCAUUUUGUUUUAGUAGUUCACAAGGUUUGGUGACAUUCUGAACUAAUGCGUACAAAUAAUCUGCCCAGAAACCAGCUUCUUCUACUAUUAAUACGUUUUGUAUUAACAUAUAAGUGUAUAUAUGUAAAUACAAAACACUUUUAGGCAGGCCGCAGAUAACACAAAGGGUAACAGUCAUCUUGAGAUGUCCAAACAGAGAAAAAAAUGUAGUUCAAAAGAAAAAACUUCUGAAUUGAUAUCAUCAGUUUCAGCAGAAAAUACCUUAGUUCUAAUCUGGGUUGAUGUAGACUGAAACGCUUAAACUGAACUGCAAUUCGUGAAAAAUAAAUGAUGCUGGAACUUUUGUGUUUAUGUACAAAUACAGACGAACAGCACUGUUGUUUUGUUUACUUUUUGAAAUUGUUUUUGUACAUUUGUGUAAACUUAUUUUGUCCUUACAUUUUUUAAGUUUGUGAAUAUUCUUUGUUCAAAGAGAGAUUCCUGUGAGAUGUGAAUUUUACGUCAGAGAUUUAAAGGAGACUGCGAGAACCACCCAACUAUUUAUGGUGUGUGUGUGUGUGUGUGUGUGUGUGUGUGUGUGUGUGUGUGUGUGUGUGUGUGUGU